AUGCCCCCACGAAAAAAAGGAGCUACACAGCUUGAUGAACAAAGACGCAAUGAAUUUAUGAGAUUUACAACGUUCCCUGUAAUUCAGCCCAUUAAUCAAAAAAAUUAUUAUACUGAAUAUCUUAAACGUGAAGAUCAAAUUUUAAUGUACCGGGCUUCUGAUAAAACUUGGUCCGAAGAAACUGAUGUCAAAAUAGAAACACGAAGGAGUGACGGAGAAGAGGCUUCAGAAGAAGAAGAGGAAAAACAUGGGAAUGAUGCAAAAGUACUUGUAAUUCAUCCGGGUUCGAUGUAUUUGCGAAUUGGACUGGCAUCAGAUGCAUUUCCUCAGACAAUUCCAAACGUGAUAGCGCAUCGACACGGCUCAAUGCGUUCUAGACACGAAGCUGACGCAAAACUAAUAAAUGAAGAGAAAGAACGCAUACAUUUCGAAGAAAUCCUUCAAGAAAUGGAUUUAGCACUUAAAACGCGUCUUCGUUUAUCAAAGCGUCGUACACAAUCAAAUACACGAGAAUUAGUUAUCGCAUAUAAUCGUGAAGUAUUGCCAGAAGUAAUGGUUGAACCUGUAAAUCAAGAUGAAUGGGUAGAUGUGAAUGAAAAACCAGCAAGUUUAGUUGGACAUAAGGCACUUAAAAUACCUCCUCAUGCAUCAGCGGAUUAUACAUUAUUUUGGCCUAUACGCUAUAGAGUUUUAAAUAAAAAUGAUUAUAUAUCAUCACGUCAAUGUAUUGAUGAUAUUGCAGCUAUUUUUGAGUCUGCAUUAGCUACGUUAGGGAUGCAGCGUGUAGAUUGGAUGCCAUUGGCAGUAGUUUUAGUAAUUCCAGAUGCAUAUGAUAAAGUAUAUGUAGAAACAAUGCUUGAUAUAUUGAUACGGGAAUUGCAGUUUUCCAAAGUAUGUGUUUUACAGGAAUCUGUUUGUACAGCUUUUGGAGCAGGUCUUUCGGCAGCUUGUAUUAUUGAUGUUGGUGCACAAACAACGAGUAUUGCGUGUGUUGAAGAAGGCAUUUGUUUACCUGAAUCCAGACUUCAACUUUGUUAUGGAGGAGAAGACGUAACACGUUUUUUCGUGCGUCUUCUUCUUCGAAAUCAUUUUCCAUAUGCAAUUGAUCUUAGAAAAAUUCAAGAUUGGCGUCUUGCAGAUACACUUAAAAUUCGUCACUGCACCGCAAAUGAAAAUAACACAGCAAUACAACUUUUGCAUUUUUUUCAUGGAGAACCAGGCAAUACAAAGAGAUUUCAAUUUAAGGUUUAUGACGAGCCGGUUUUAGCAGCAAUGUCUUAUUUUUUUCCAAAAAUAUUUGAAAAUGAAUCUAAAAACUCUGAAAAAAGCGUAUACAAUACAAAUAUAACCCAUGAGGAGACAAAUGAAUGGAAACCUCUAGAUGAGGCAAUUGUUGAAAGUAUUACUCGUGCUUGUGAACAUGCACCAUCCGAUGAACGUCAAAAGACAAUGUAUAGAAGUCUUUUAUUGGUUGGUGGAGGAUAUGCUUUUCCUGGCUUUGUACACGUUUUAGAAGACAAAUUGCAGAUCAAACAACCAACAAUUCAAUUUUUGUCACCACCAAGGGAUAUGGAUCCACAAAUUCUUACGUGGAAAGGCGCAAGUGUAUUUAGUCAAUUAAAAAUAUCACAAGAUUUCUGGAUUAAACAAAAAGAAUGGGAUCUAUUAGGACUUCGAUGUUUACAGUAUCGAUCACUUGGUUAUUUUUGGAAUGGAUAA